CUUAUGUGACGUUUCUUGGUUUGAAAGGAGGCCUUAACGUAACGAAGGCAAAAGAAGAGAGUGCUGGUUCGCUCGUCGAUGGUUUGUUAUCUUAACUUGAAGUACUCGAUCGCAUACCAGCCGCUAAAACAACUGUUUGACCCGAUUGUAGCUAAAGAUAAACGGACCUUAAGAAGUUUGCCGUGGUUUGUCUUUUAAUAUGGAGGAUUCCAACAACACAAAUCAAGCUGUUGAGCCGGCUGGUAAUCCGGUGUUAAAUUCGAAUGAAGAGUUGGAGAAAGAAGUUGGGGAUAAAAAGCAAAGCAGGCGACAACAGAGCAGAGGUAAACCGCCAUACUCGUACAUCGCCCUCAUCUGCAUGGCAAUUACAAGCUCCCCACAGAGGCAACUUACUCUAUCUGAGAUCUACGACUUCAUCUCCCAGAGAUUCCCAUUCUAUCAAACGUGCUCGAUCAAGUGGAAAAACUCUAUUCGUCACAACCUGACUCUUAACGACUGCUUCAUCAAGCUCCCACGUGAACCAAACAGACCAGGAAAAGGGAAUUACUGGACCAUAGACCCAACUAGCGUGGACAUGUUCGACAAUGGCAGCUUCUUGCGACGCCGCAAGCGCUUCAGGCGAGAGGAAGAUGGGUGUGGUGGGGAAAGGGAGCUGAUCCCUUGGCCUCCUAAUCCGCAGCUUCACCCUGGACUUUUACAAUUCCAAAAGCACGAAGCAGGACUCGCUCUCCUACCUCGUGGUGUUUCCGGAUAUCCCGUAGCACCCCUCUUCCCAAGCCCUGCAAUGCCGCCGCGUCAUUGUCUCCGCGCAGAGGGAGUCACUUUAACUGGUGCCUCUCCAACAUUUGGUGAUUUGCGCCCUAACUGGGCGCCUCCCAGCUCAAUCACCAGACCAGCGGUUGCUCCCAUUACCCGCGUUCGUCCUGGCUUGGAUUGUCUACCGGUGUGGUCGACCACGCUCCCCAUAACGUCCACAGAGCAGAUUAUUCCAACAUCCCAGCCAGUUCCCAAGAUGCACCAAGGCAAGAGCGAGCCCUUUAUGGAGUCGUGUAUCUAUGGCAACACGUUUGGAUCCCGCAGGCGGCCCGCGGAGAAUCCCGAGUGGAGGGUCUGCUCUAGCCCCUCGGGUCCGUUACCUAGCAUCUCAAGUUUCAGUUCCGAGCACGAGGGAUUACACCAUUUGGAUCUUGUAAGCCAUCCGGAGAUUCCCUCGGGAUUCCCGCUAAAAUCCAAGGACCAUCUGCCACACCUAACAGGAAUCGAAUCGCAAUCCGCAGGACACCUGACAUGCAAUGUGACAUCACAACUGGAAGCCCGAUUUGCUGUCAAUCAACCUAUUGUUUAUUCAGAAACGCCUGUCACUAGCUCUGCCCCUUAAGUGACGCUGACCCAUAAUGCCCUGCACAAGGGGAAGGAACUCGUUCAACGUAGGUGUAAAGUGUUUGUCUGGUUAAGGUUUAAGGGUGAUGGGGUCAAAAAGCUUGUACUUAAAACUGGUUUCAUGCUUGCAAAGCAAUUUAGUAAAACUAAAUGUAACGAAUGAAAGAACUACGCCAUUUCUAAUUGUUAAAAAAUAAGCUAAGCAUUGUUCUAACAAAUAAAAAUAUAAGAAACCGU